CCGUCACACACACACUCCUGCUGCCCCGUCACACACACACUCCUGCUGCUCCGUCACACACACACUCCUGCUGCCCCGUCACACACACACUCCUGCUGCUCCGUCACACACACACUCCUGCUGCCCCGUCACACACACACUCCUGCUGCUCCAUCACAAACUCCUGCACGCACCCUGAUUUUCCGUGUCUUUUUCUUCGUGACAGACCGGGGUUGAUGUCGGGAAAGGACAUUUUCCUAUCGUUAAAGGGUGUCAGUGCUCUAAAAUGAGUCUCUCUGGGGAGAGAGAGGAGGGGGGCCCUGCCUCUAAAAUGAGUCUCUCUGGGGAGAGAGAGGAGGAGGGCCCUGCCUCUAAAAUGAGUCUCUCUGGGGAGAGAGAGGAGGAGGGCCCUGCCUCUAAAAUGCAUCUCUCUGGGGGACAUGACACCAAAGCUAAGAGACCAAUCCAGCAGGAGAGACCAGCCUCCCCUGUUCCCAGCUGUGUGUCCAUGAAGAGUGACCGGUCUAUGGAACAUCCUAUAUCCUUUAGAGAGGGAGACUGUUCUACUGAACAAAGAAACCAACAGGGGGGAUCAGAGUCAGAGAUUCUCAGUGGUCAGUCUUCCCAGAGUCAUCAAACAGACCUGGCCUCCAUAUUCAGUAUGCUUGAACAGAAAAUUAUGACAUUUGUGAAGAACGAGCUGAAGAUGUUCAAGAGGAUUCUUAGUCCAGAACUCCCAGAAGGCUUUGAGAGUCAGAAGCAGGAUAAGGAAGUGGUGGAUGCUGAAGAUGAGCAGCAGGAGAGCAGUGCCAGAGAGGGGGCUCUGAAGAUCACACUGCACAUCCUGAGGAAAAUGAACCAGAAGGAGCUUGCUGACACACUGGAGAAAAAUGAGCUCGCUGUGAUUUGCCAACGUGAAAUCAAAUCUAAUCUAAAGAAGAAGUUUCAAUGUGUAUUUGAGGGGAUCGCUAAACAAGGAAACCCAACACUUCUCAAUAAGAUCUACACAGAGCUCUACAUCACAGAGGGUGGAACAGGAGAGGUCAAUAAUGAACAUGAGCUGAGACAGAUUGAGACCACAACCAGGAAACAAGCAAGACCAGAGACUGCAAUCAAAUGUAAUGACAUCUUCACACCCUUAACUGGACAAGACAAACGUAUCAGAACUGUGCUGACAAAGGGAGUCGCUGGCAUUGGAAAAACAGUCUCUGUGCAGAAGUUCAUUCUGGACUGGGCUGAAGGAAAAGCAAAUCAGGAUGUCCAAUUUGUAUUUUCAUUCCCUUUCCGGGAGCUGAAUUUGAUGAAAGAGGACAAACACACUUUCAUUGAACUUCUCAAUCACUUCUCAAUGGAAACCAAACAAUCAGGAAUCUCCAUCUAUGACAAGUACAAAGUUCUGUUCAUCUUUGAUGGUCUGGAUGAGUGCCGACUGCCCCUAGACUUCCAGAAGAACAAGAUCUGUUGGGACGUCACAGAGUCAACCUCAGUGGAUGUUCUGCUGACAAAUCUCAUCAAGGGAAAUCUGCUUCCCUCUGCUCUCGUCUGGAUAACUACCCGACCUGCAGCAGCCAAUAAGAUCCCUUCAGGGUGUGUUGACCAGGUGACAGAGGUACGAGGGUUCAAUGACUCACAGAAGGAGGAGUACUUCAGGAAGAGAUUCAGUAAUGAGGACCUGGCCAGCAGAAUCAUCUCACACAUAAAGACAUCAAGGAGCCUCCACAUCAUGUGCCACAUUCCAGUCUUCUGUUGGAUUUCUGCAACAGUCCUUGAACACAUGCUGAAACAUAAGAGAGAAGAGAUGCCCAAGACUCUGACUGAGAUGUACACACACCUUGUGGAGUUUCAUACCAAACAGAAGAAUAACAAGUAUCUUGGGAAAGAAGAGACAGGUCCACACUGGAAUAAAGAGAGCAUUCUGUCCCUGGGAAAACUGGCUUUUCAACAGCUUGUGAAGGGCAAUCUGAUUUUCUAUGAAGAAGACCUGAAAGAGUCUGGCAUUGAUGUUAAUGAAGCCUCAGUGUACUCAGGAUUGUGCACACAGCUCUUUAAAGAGGAAUGUGGGCUCUACCAGGACAAGGUGUACUGCUUUGUUCAUCUGAGCAUUCAGGAGUUUCUGGCUGCUGUAUAUGUGUUCCUAUCAUUCAUCAACAACAAUGAGAAUCUACUGGACAAACUGCAAACAAACGACGAGCCUCAAGUUGCUUUCUACAAGAGUGCUGUGGAUAAAGCCUUACAAAGUGAGACGGGAAACCUGGACCUUUUCCUCCGCUUCCUCCUGGGCCUCUCACUGGACUCCAAUCAGAAGCACUUACGAGGUCUACUGACAAAGACAAGAACCAGCUCACAGACCCAUGAAGAAACAGUCAAGUACAUCAAGGAGAAGAUCAGGGAGAAUCUCUCUCCAGAGAGGAGCAUCAAUCUGUUCCACUGUCUGAAUGAACUGAAUGACCAUUCUCUAGUGGAAGAGAUCCAAUUCUACCUGAGCUCAGGAAGUCUCUCAAAACCCAACCUGUCACCUGCACAGUGGUCAGCUCUAGUCUUCGUGUUGAUGACUUCAGAAAAGGAGCUGGAUGUGUUUGACCUGAAGAAAUACUCCAGAUCAGAGGAAGGUCUUCUGAGGCUGCUGCCAGUGGUCAAAGCCUCCAGAGCUGCUCUGCUGUCAGGCUGUGGAGUAACAGAGGAAGGCUGUGCUUCUCUGGUCUCAGCUCUGAGGUCAAACCCCUCACACCUGAGAGAGCUGGACCUGAGCUACAAUCACCCAGGAGACUCAGGAGUCAGACUGCUCUCUGCUGGACUGGAGGAUCCACACUGCAGACUGGAGAAACUCAAGCUGUCAGGCUGUCUAGUCACAGAGGAAGGCUGUGCUUCUCUGGGCUCAGCUCUGAGGUCAAACCCCUCACACCUGAGAGAGCUGGACCUGAGCUACAAUCACCCAGGAGACUCAGGAGUCAGACUGCUCUCUGCUGGACUGGAGGAUCCACACUGCAGACUGGAGAAACUCAAUGUGGAACAUGGUGGAGAGAACAGAAUGAAACCUGGGCUUAGAAAAUAUGUCUGUGAUCUCACACUGGACCCAAACACAGUAAACAGACUCCUCUCUCUGUCUGAGGAGAACAGAAAGGUGACAUGGAGGACAGAGGAGCAGCCGUAUCCUGAUCACCCAGAGAGAUUUGAGGACUGUGGACAGGUGCUGUGUAGAGAGGGUCUGACUGGGUGCUGUUACUGGGAGGUAGAGUGGAGUGGGGGGGCUGAUAUAGGAGUGACAUAUAAAGGAAUCAGCAGGAGAGGAGGGGUUAAUGACUGUUGUCUUGGAUGGAAUGACAAGUCCUGGAGUCUGUUCUGCUCUGACAACAGUUACAUUGCCUGGCACAAUAAUAAUCCCACUACCAUAGACGUCCCCUCCUCCAGCUCCCACAGAGUAGGAGUGUAUCUGGACUGGCCAGCCGGCACUCUGUCCUUCUAUAGAGCCUCCUCUGACACACUGACCCACCUGAUCACAUUCAACUCCACAUUCACUGAGCCCCUUUAUCCAGGGUUUGGGGUUUUUUACAACUCCUCAGUGUCCCUGUAAAUAAUAACACACUUGACAAAAACACACACACACACACACUGGACACACACACACACACACACUGGACACACACACACACACACACUGGACACACACACACACACACACACGCACAUACUGGACACACACACACACACACUGGACACACACACCUGCUGGACACACACACACUGGACAAAUACACACACACACACACACACACACACACACACACACACACACACACACACACACACAGUGGACACACACACACAGGACACACACACACUCUGGACACACACACACAUGACAAAUACACACACUCUGGAUACACACACACUGGACAAAUACACACAGGACACACACACACUGGACACACACACACUGGACAAACAAACUCUGGACAAGUACACACACACACACACACAGGACAAACACACACACUCUGGAUACACACACACUGGACAAAUACACACUGGACACACACACACUAGACACACACACACUGGACAAACAAACUCUGGACAAGUACACACACACAUACACAGUGGACACACACACACACACAGGACAAACACACACACACACUGGACACACACACACUCUGGACACACACACACUGGACAAAUACACACACACACAGUGGACACACACAGGACACACACACACACACUGGACACACACACACAUGACACACACACACGCUGGACACACACACACACACACACACUGGACAAAUACACACUGGACACACACACACUGGACACACACACACUGGACAAACAAACUCUGGACAAAAUCACACACACAUACACAGUGGACACACACACACACACACACACAGGACACACACACACACAGGACAAACACACACACACACUGGACACACACACACUCUGGACACACACACACUGGACAAAUACACACACACAUUGGACACACACAGGACACACACACACACUGGACACACACACACAUGACACACACACACGCUGGACACACACACACACACACACACACACACACACACACACACACACACACACACACACUGGACACACACACACACACUGGACACACACAGGACACACACAGGACAGACACACACAGGACAAAUACACACACACACACACACUGGACAAACACACACUGGACAAAUACACACACACAAACACACACACACACACACACACACACACACACACACACACACACACUGGACAGACACACACACACACACACUGGACACACACUGGACACACACAGGACACACACAGGACACACACACACACAGGACAAAUACACACACACACACACACUGGACAAACACACACUGGACAAACAAACUCUGGACAAGUACACACACACACACACACAGGACAAACACACACACUCUGGAUACACACACACUGGACAAAUACACACUGGACACACACACACUGGACACACACACACUGGACAAACAAACUCUGGACAAGUACACACACACAUACACAGUGGACACACACACACACACAGGACAAACACACACACACACUGGACACACACACACUCUGGACACACACACACUGGACAAAUACACACACACACAGUGGACACACACAGGACACACACACACACACUGGACACACACACACAUGACACACACACACGCUGGACACACACACACACACACACUGGACAAAUACACACACACACACACACACACAGUACAAACACACACACUCUGGAUACACACACACUGGACAAAUACACACUGGACACACACACACUGGACACACACACACUGGACAAACAAACUCUGGACAAAAUCACACACACAUACACAGUGGACACACACACACACACACAGGACACACACACACACAGGACAAACACACACACACACUGGACACACACACACUCUGGACACACACACACUGGACAAAUACACACACACACAGUGGACACACACAGGACACACACACACACUGGACACACACACACAUGACACACACACACGCUGGACACACACACACACACACACACACACACACACACUGGACACACACACACACACACUGGACACACACAGGACACACACAGGACAGACACACACAGGACAAAUACACACACACACACACACUGGACAAACACACACUGGACAAAUACACACACACAAAACACACACACACACACACACACACACACACACACACACACACACACACACACUGGACAGACACACACACACACACACUGGACACACACUGGACACACACAGGACACACACAGGACACACACACAGGACAAAUACACACACACACACACACUUGACAAACACACACUGGACAAAUACACACACACACACACACACACAGGACAAACACACUCUGGACAAAUACACACACACACACACACACACAGUGGACACACACACACACAGGACAAACACACUCUGGACAAAUACACACACACACAGUGGACACACACAGGACACACACACAAACACUGGACACACACACACAUGACACACACACACAGUGGACACACACACACACACACAGUGGACACACACACACACAGGACAAACACACACACACACACUCUGGACACACACACACUGGACAAAUACACACACACACAGUGGACACACACUGGACACACACACACUCUGGACACACACACACUGGACAAAUACACACACACACAGUGGACACACACAGGACACACACACACACUGGACACACACACACAUGACACACACACACAGUGGACACACACACACACACACACACACACACACACUGGACACACACACCUGCUGGACACACACACACUGGACACACACACACUGGACACACACACACUGGACAAACAAACUCUGGACAAGUACACACACACACACACACACACACACAGGACAAACACACACACUCUGGAUACACACACACUGGACAAAUACACACUGGACACACACACACUGGACACACACACACUGGACAAACAAACUCUGGACAAGUACACACACACAUACACAGUGGACACACACACACACACAGGACAAACACACACACACACUGGACACACACACACUCUGGACACACACACACACUGGACAAAUACACACACACACACAGUGGACACACACAGGACACACACACACACUGGACACACACACACAUGACACACACACACGCUGGACACACACACACACACACAUAAACUGGACAAAUACACACACACACACACACAUGACAAAUACACACACUCUGGAUACACACACACUGGACAAAUACACACAGGACACACACACACUGGACACACACACACUGGACAAACAAACUCUGGACAAGUACACACACACACACACACAGGACAAACACACACACUCUGGAUACACACACACUGGACAAAUACACACUGGACACACACACACUAGACACACACACACUGGACAAACAAACUCUGGACAAGUACACACACACAUACACAGUGGACACACACACACACACAGGACAAACACACACACACACUGGACACACACACACUCUGGACACACACACACUGGACAAAUACACACACACACAGUGGACACACACAGGACACACACACACACACUGGACACACACACACAUGACACACACACACGCUGGACACACACACACACACACACACUGGACAAAUACACACACACACACACACAGUACAAACACACACACUCUGGAUACACACACACUGGACAAAUACACACUGGACACACACACACUGGACAAACAAACUCUGGACAAAAUCACACACACAUACACAGUGGACACACACACACACACACACACAGGACACACACACACACAGGACAAACACACACACACACUGGACACACACACACUCUGGACACACACACACUGGACAAAUACACACACACAUUGGACACACACAGGACACACACACACACACUGGACACACACACACAUGACACACACACACGCUGGACACACACACACACACACACACACACACACACACACACACACACACACACACACACACACACACACACACACACACUGGACACACACACACACACUGGACACACACAGGACACACACAGGACAGACACACACAGGACAAAUACACACACACACACACACUGGACAAACACACACUGGACAAACACACACUGGACAAAUACACACACACAAACACACACACACACACACACACACACACACACACACACACACACACUGGACAGACACACACACACACACACUGGACACACACUGGACACACACAGGACACACACAGGACACACACACACACAGGACAAAUACACACACACACACACACUGGACAAACACACACUGGACAAACAAACUCUGGACAAGUACACACACACACACACACAGGACAAACACACACACUCUGGAUACACACACACUGGACAAAUACACACUGGACACACACACACUGGACACACACACACUGGACAAACAAACUCUGGACAAGUACACACACACAUACACAGUGGACACACACACACACACAGGACAAACACACACACACACUGGACACACACACACUCUGGACACACACACACUGGACAAAUACACACACACACAGUGGACACACACAGGACACACACACACACACUGGACACACACACACAUGACACACACACACGCUGGACACACACACACACACACACACUGGACAAAUACACACACACACACACACAGUACAAACACACACACUCUGGAUACACACACACUGGACAAAUACACACUGGACACACACACACUGGACACACACACACUGGACAAACAAACUCUGGACAAAAUCACACACACAUACACAGUGGACACACACACACACACACACACAGGACACACACACACACAGGACAAACACACACACACACUGGACACACACACUCUGGACACACACACACUGGACAAAUACACACACACAGUGGACACACACAGGACACACACACACACUGGACACACACACACAUGACACACACACAUGCUGGACACACACACACACACACACACACACACACACACACACACACACACUGGACACACACACACACACUGGACACACACAGGACAGACACACACAGGACAAAUACACACACACACACACACUGGACAAACACACACUGGACAAAUACACACACACAAACACACACACACACACACACACACACACACACACACACACACACACACACACACACACACACACACACACACACACACUGGACAGACACACACACACACACACUGGACACACACUGGACACACACAGGACACACACAGGACACACACACACACAGGACAAAUACACACACACACACACACACACUUGACAAACACACACUGGACAAAUACACACUGGACACACACACACUGGACAAACAAACUCUGGACAAGUACACACACACAUACACAGUGGACACACACACACACACAGGACAAACACACACACACACUGGACACACACACACUCUGGACACACACACACACUGGACAAAUACACACACACACACAGUGGACACACACAGGACACACACACACACUGGACACACACACACACGCUGGACACACACACACACACACAUAAACUGGACAAAUACACACACACACACACACAGUACAAACACACACACCCUGGAUACACACACACUGGACAAAUACACACUGGACACACACACACUGGACACACACACACUGGACAAACAAACUCUGGACAAAAUCACACACACAUACACAGUGGACACACACACACACACACACACAGGACACACACACACACAGGACAAACACACACACACACUGGACACACACACACUCUGGACACACACACACUGGACAAAUACACACACACAGUGGACACACACAGGACACACACACACACUGGACACACACACACAUGACACACACACAUGCUGGACACACACACACACACACACACACACACACACACACACACACACACUGGACACACACACACACACUGGACACACACAGGACAGACACACACAGGACAAAUACACACACACACACACACUGGACAAACACACACUGGACAAAUACACACACACACACACACACACACACACACACACACACACACACACACACACACACACACACACACACACACACACACACACACACACACUGGACAGACACACACACACACACACUGGACACACACUGGACACACACAGGACACACACAGGACACACACACACACAGGACAAAUACACACACACACACACACACACUUGACAAACACACACUGGACAAAUACACACACACACACACACACAGGACACACACACACACAGGACAAACACACUCUGGACAAAUACACACACACACACACACACACAGUGGACACACACACACACAGGACAAACACACUCUGGACAAAUACACACACACACAGUGGACACACACAGGACACACACACACACACUGGACACACACACACAUGACACACACACACAGUGGACACACACACACACACACAGUGGACACACACACACACAGGACAAACACACACACACACACUCUGGACACACACACACUGGACAAAUACACACACACACAGUGGACACACACUGGACACACACACACUCUGGACACACACACACUGGACAAAUACACACACACACAGUGGACACACACAGGACACACACACACACUGGACACACACACACAUGACACACACACACAGUGGACACACACACACACACACACACACACACACACUGGACACACACACCUGCUGGACACACACACACUGGACACACACACACUGGACACACACACACUGGACAAACAAACUCUGGACAAGUACACACACACACACACACACACAGGACAAACACACACACUCUGGAUACACACACACUGGACAAAUACACACUGGACACACACACACUGGACACACACACACUGGACAAACAAACUCUGGACAAGUACACACACACAUACACAGUGGACACACACACACACACAGGACAAACACACACACACACUGGACACACACACACUCUGGACACACACACACACUGGACAAAUACACACACACACACAGUGGACACACACAGGACACACACACACACUGGACACACACACACACGCUGGACACACACACACACACACAUAAACUGGACAAAUACACACACACACACACACAGUACAAACACACACACCCUGGAUACACACACACUGGACAAAUACACACUGGACACACACACACUGGACACACACACACUGGACAAACAAACUCUGGACAAAAUCACACACACAUACACAGUGGACACACACACACACACACACACACACACACAGGACACACACACACACAGGACAAACACACACACACACUGGACACACACACACUCUGGACACACACACACUGGACAAAUACACACACACACAGUGGACACACACAGGACACACACACACACUGGACACACACACACAUGACACACACACACGCUGGACACACACACACACACACACACACACACACACACACACACACACACACACACACACACUGGACACACACACACACACACACUGGACACACACAGGACACACACAGGACAGACACACACAGGACAAAUACACACACACACACACUGGACAAACACACACUGGACAAACACACACUGGACAAAUACACACACACACACACACACACACACACACACACACACACACACACACACACACACACACACACUGGACAAAUACACACACACACACACACACACUGGACACACACACACUGGACACACACACACACACACUGGACACACACACACACACACUGGACACACACAGGACACACACAGGACACACACACACACAGGACAAAUACACACACACACACACACUGGACAAACACACACUGGACAAAUACACACACACACACACACACAGGACACACACACACACAGGACAAACACACUCUGGACAAAUACACACACACACACACACAGUGGACACACACACACACAGGACAAACACACUCUGGACAAAUACACACACACACAGUGGACACACACAGGACACACACACACACACUGGACACACACACACGACACACACACACAGUGGACACACACACACACACACAGUGGACACACACACACACAGGACAAACACACACACACACACUCUGGACACACACACACUGGACAAAUACACACACACACAGUGGACACACACUGGACACACACACACUCUGGACACACACACACUGGACAAAUACACACACACACACAGUGGACACACACAGGACACACACACACACUGGACACACACACACAUGACACACACACACAGUGGACACACACACACACACACUGGACUCAUUAGGGUUUGGGUUGAUGGUGACUCACUGGACACACACACACACACACUGGACACACACACACACACACACACACACACACUGGACACACACACACACACACACACACACACACACUGGACACGCACACCUGCUGGACACACACACACUGGACAAACACACACUGGACAAACACACUCUGGACAAAUACACACACACACACACACACACACACACACACACAGGACACACACAGGACACACACACAGGACAAAUACACACACACAAACACACACACACACACACACACACACACACACACACACACACACACACACACACACACACACACACACACACACACACACACA